UAAUUCUCUCUCUCUCUCUCUCUUUACACCGUCGGUACCUUAUAAAAUUGGCUCAGAAAAAUUCACAUUCAAUCCAAUGCUCAUCAUCACUGCAAAAAGAAUUCUCAUCAUCACUUCACCAAUGGAUUGACACCAGAGACCUUCACCCGUUCUCUCUCCAAAUCCCAUGGAGUCUCGAGGGGACCCACUCCUCCUGGAAGAUUUCGGCCAGAAGGUUGACCUAACUCGCAGGAUCCGAGAGGUCUUAUCGAAUUACCCCGAGGGGACGACGGUGCUGAGAGAGCUCGUGCAGAACGCCGACGACGCGGGCGCCACCAGGGUCUGCUUGUGCCUGGACCGGCGGCGCCACGGCUACGACUCGCUGUUGUCGCCCGGGUUGGCUCAGUGGCAGGGCCCGGCUCUGUUGGCUUAUAACAAUGCCGAGUUCACCGAGGAGGAUUUCGUCAGUAUUUCGAGGAUAGGAGGGAGUAAUAAGAUCGGUCAAGCUUGGAAGACUGGUCGAUUCGGGGUUGGCUUCAACUCGGUGUACCAUCUAACGGACUUGCCCUCUUUUGUAAGUGGUAAAUAUGUGGUAAUUUUUGAUCCUCAGGGUGUUUACCUUCCGAAUGUCUCUAUUGCAAAUCCUGGAAAGCGGAUAGAGUUUGUUACUUCUUCAGCUCUCUCAUUGUAUAAAGACCAGUUUCUUCCGUAUCGCGCUUUUGGUUGUGACAUGAAAAUUCCAUUCGCUGGUACCUUAUUCCGUUUUCCUUUGAGGAAUACAGAUCAGGCAUCUAAUAGUAAGCUCUCAAAGCAAGUGUACUUGGAAGAAAACAUUUCUUCCAUGUUUGUUCAGCUGUACGAGGAAGGAGUUUUCACACUACUUUUUCUUAAGAAUGUACUCUCUAUUGAAAUGUAUAUAUGGGAUGUUGGAAUUCCUGAGCCAAGGAAGGUCUAUUCAUGCUCCAUUAACUCUGCGAAUGAUGACACAGUUAGGCAUCGCCAGGCACUUCUUAGAUUGUCCAGGUCAAUAGAUUCAGCUGAUUCUGUGAUGGAUGCCUUUUCAUUGGAAUUCUUGAGUGAGGCAGUUGCUGACUCUCUUUCCCAGAAGAGGACAGAUACUUUCUACAUAGUGCAAACAAUGGCAUCAGCUACCAGUAGGAUUGGUUCUUUUGCUGCUGCUGCAUCCAAAAAUUAUGAUAUUCAUCUGUUACCUUGGGCUUCAGUUGCUGCGUGCAUCUCAGAUGAUUCAUCCAAUGAUGACAUUCUUAAGAUUGGAAGAGCAUUUUGCUUUCUUCCUUUGCCUGUUAGAACUGGAAUGGCUGUCCAAGUUAAUGGGUACUUUGAGGUUUCGUCUAACCGUCGUGGCAUUUGGUAUGGUGCCGACAUGGACAGAAGUGGGAGAAUUCGUUCUCUCUGGAACAGGCUUCUUUUAGAGGACGUGGUGGCCCCUACUUUCACACAAUUGUUGCUUGGAGUGCAAAAGUUACUAGGUCUAACAGAAUCCUAUUAUGCUUUGUGGCCCAGUGGCUCCUUUGAAGAGCCAUGGAGUAUUUGUGUUGAGCAUAUUUACCAGAACAUUGGUAAUGCUCCUGUUUUGUAUUCGGAACUUGAAGGAGGGAAAUGGGUUUCACCAUUGGAGGCUUUUCUUCAUGAUGAGGAAUUCUCUGGAAGUAAGGAACUUGGGGCAGCUCUUGUACAGCUUGGAAUGCCUGUAGUUCAUUUGCGCAAAGAUUUGCUUGAUAUGCUCUUGAAAUGCGCAUGUAGUUUUCAGCAGAAAGUGGUUACUCCUGAUUCAGUACGACAUUAUCUUAGGGAAUGCAGAAGUUUAACCACACUAAGCAGAUCAUACAAGCUUGUUGUGUUGGAAUAUUGUCUUGAAGACCUUCUUGAUGAUGAUGUUAGUAGACAUGCAUAUAACCUGCCUUUGCUCCCCUUGGCAAGUGGUGACUUUGGGUUGUUGUCUGAGGUCGCCAAAGGGGUUUCUUACUUUUUCUGCAAUGAUAUGGAAUAUAAGCUUAUUCAACAAAUCUCAUAUAGGAUUAUUGAUCGCGACAUCCCUCCAGCCCUAUUUGGCAGGCUAUUAUCUAUUGCAAAGUCCUCAAAGGCGAACCUUAUUGUCUUCAAUGUUAAUUAUUUCCUGUAUUUUUUCUCUAAAUUUGUACCUGCUGAUUGGAAAUACAACAAUAAAGUAAUUUGGGACCCAAAAUCUAAUCUUAACCAUCCAACUUCAUCGUGGUUUGUACUUUAUUGGCAGUAUCUUCGAGAUGGGUGUGACAAGUUGUCUUUGUUUGGUGAUUGGCCUAUCUUUCCAUCUCUUUCUGGGCAUCUUCACAGACCUUCAUUGCAAUCAAAACUGUUGAAUGUGGAGAAGUUGUCUGAAACGAUGCGAGACAGUCUCAGUAAACUUGGGUGUAAGAUUCUAAGCAAUAGUUACGGCGUUGAACAUCCGGAUUUAUCUCAUUAUGUGAGUGAUUCUGAUGCUUCUGGUGUUUUGGAAUCAAUCUUUGAUGUUGUCUCUUCAGAUAAUAGCAUCACACAUGCAUUUCAUACUGUUAAAGCAGAAGAGAGGGAUGAGCUUCGUCAAUUUCUCCUAGAUAUGAAAUGGUAUAUUGGAAGCCAUUUGUCUAAUUCUAACAUAUGGAAUUGCAAGAGGCUGCCUAUUUAUAGGGUCUAUGUUGGAGAAUCUCCUCACACCCGACAGUUUUCAGAUUUGGAAAACCCUCCCAAAUACUUACCACCAAGGGAUGUUCCUGAGUGCUUUCUUGGUGCUGAAUUUAUCUAUAGUUCGUCAAGUAUCGAAGAAGAGGUCUUAAACAGAUAUUAUGGAAUUGAGCCAAUGAGGAAGGCGAGUUUCUAUAAGCAGCAUGUUUUACACAAAGUUAAGGAGUUGCGUCCUGAGGUUCGUGACAGCAUCAUGCUUUCUCUUCUGAAGGAGCUCCCACAAUUAUGUAUUGAGGAUGCAUCAUUCAGAGAUUGUCUGAGAAGUUUGGAAUUUGUCUCAACGUCUAAUGGUUCUUUGAAGUCUCCUGCUGCACUAUACGAUCCUCGUAAUGAAGAAUUAUAUGCUCUAUUAGACGAUUCUGAUAGUUUUCCUUGUGGUGUUUUCCAAGAAUCAGGCAUUUUGGACAUGCUACAAGGUUUGGGACUUGGGAUGGCUGUCUCUCCUGAAACUGUCAUAAAAAGUGCUCGACAGGUGGAGCAGUUAAUGCAUGAGGAUCAACAGAGGGCAUACUUGAGAGGAAAAGUUCUUCUUUCCUACCUAGAAGUAAACACAUUGAAGUGGGUAACAAAUCUACCAAAUGAAGAUCACGGAACACUGAAUAGAAUGGUGCAACGAGCAGCAACUGCGUUUCGGCCUCGCAACUUAAAAUCGGACAUGGAAAAAUUCUGGAAUGAUCUCCGGAUGAUUUGCUGGUGCCCUGUCCUUGUUUCUUCCCCUUGUCAAUCUUUACCCUGGCCUGCUGUUUCGUCGAUGGUUGCACCUCCUAAGCUCGUAAGGCUUUAUAGAGAUUUGUGGCUCACUUCAGCGAGCAUGCGGAUACUUGAUGGGGAAUGUUCAUCCACGGCCUUAUCACAGCAGCUGGGGUGGUCUUCUCCACCUGGGGGUAGUGUAAUUGCUGGUCAACUUCUUGAGCUUGGGAAAAACAGUGAGAUCGUGACUGAUCAGUUACUGCGGCAGGAGUUGGCCUUAGCAAUGCCAAGGAUAUACACCAUACUUCUGGGCAUGGUGGGGUCCGAUGAGAUGGAUGUUGUUAAAGCUGUUCUUGAAGGGUGUCGAUGGAUUUGGGUGGGGGAUGGGUUUGCGACCUCGGAAGAGGUCGUCCUUAAUGGUCCUCUUCAUUUGGCUCCUUACGUACGUGUUAUACCUGUUGAUUUAGCUGUUUUUAAGGAUUUAUUUCUGGAGCUUGGAAUUCAGGAAUUCUUGAAACCCAGUGAUUACGCCAAUAUAUUAUGCAGAAUGGCUAUGAGGAAAGGCUCCACACCCCUUGUUGCGCAGGAAAUCAGGGCUGCAAUAUUGAUUGCACAACAUCUGGUUGAUGUCCGGUCUAAUGAAGCAGAAAUUAAGAUUUAUUUACCUGACGUGUCAGGUAGACUUAUUAUUGCCACUGAUUUAGUUUAUAAUGAUGCUCCCUGGUUGCCUGGCUCGGAAGAGCCUAAUAACUCGUUUGGAAAUGCAUCAACCCUGGCUUUAACUGCAAAAAGAACUCUUCAAAGGUUUGUGCAUGGGAACAUAUCCAAUGAUGUGGCUGAGAAGCUCGGUGUUCGUUCACUUCGGAGGACGUUACUCGCUGAAAGCGCUGAUUCCAUGAAUUUAAGUUUAUCUGGUGCAGCGGAAGCAUUUGGACAGCAUGAAGCCUUGACAACUAGAUUGAAACACAUACUUGAAAUGUACGCGGAUGGACCUGGUAUUCUCUUUGAGCUUGUUCAGAAUGCUGAAGAUGCGCGAGCUUCUGAAGUGACAUUUCUUUUGGAUAAGACACAGUAUGGGACAUCAUCACUUCUUUCUCCUGAAAUGGCAGACUGGCAGGGUCCCGCUUUGUACUGUUUUAAUGACUCUGUUUUCAGCCCCCAAGAUUUAUACGCGAUCUCGCGUAUUGGUCAGGAAAGUAAAUUAGAAAAACCCUUUGCAAUUGGAAGGUUUGGGCUAGGGUUUAAUAGUGUCUAUCACUUUACAGACAUCCCCACAUUUGUUUCUGGGGAAAACAUUGUCAUGUUUGAUCCUCAUGCUUGUAACUUGCCUGGGAUCUCUCCAUCUCACCCUGGUCUCCGGAUUCAGUUUGUUGGCAGAAGGAUUUUGGAACAAUUUCCUGAUCAAUUUUCACCUUUCCUGCAUUUUGGCUGCGACUUGCUGCAUCCGUUUCCUGGAACGCUAUUCCGGUUUCCCCUCAGGAGUGGAGCUGUUGCUUCCCGAAGCCAAAUAAAGAAAGAAGGUUAUUCAUCUGAUGAUGUCUUCUCACUCUUUUCUUCUUUUUCUGAGGUGGUUUCUGAAACACUCCUAUUUCUCCGCAAUGUGAAAACCAUCUCCAUUUUUGUCAAAGGAGGUAGCAAUGAAAUGCAACUUGUACAUCGCGUCCACAAGCAUUGUGUUCGUGAUCCUGAAGCUGAAGCCAGUAGUAAUUUGUUUAGCUUUAUGCAUGGAAAUCAACAAGAUGGAGUGGAUAAGGACCAGUUCCUUAAUAAACUGAGCAAAUCUGUGGAUACAGUUUUGCCAUGGCAAACACAAAAGGUUGUGGUGAGAGAGCAAAGUUUAGCUGGUGGCGAAAAGUCACACCUGUGGAUAACUAGUGAAUGUCUAGGAAGUGGGUUUCUUAAGGAAAACCCAGAAAAAUUUAAUAACAAGUCUCACAAAUUUAUCCCGUGGGCUUGCGUUGCUUCAUAUUUACACUCUGCGAAGGUGGAUACAGAAUUCAGUGAUAUAGCAAACACAGAGGAACCUUGCAUCCUUAUUCCUGAUGUACUUCAAGUUCCCAUAGCUUCCAUUCAAGAUAGAAAGAAUUUUGACGGUCGUGCCUUUUGCUUUUUACCACUUCCUAUAAACACUGGUCUUCCGGUGCAUAUUAAUGCAUAUUUUGAAUUGUCAUCAAACCGGAGGGAUAUUUGGUUCGGCAAUGACAUGGCAGGGGGUGGGAAAAAACGCUCAGACUGGAAUAUAUACCUUCUUGAAGAUGUUCUUGCCCCGGCUUAUGGUCACUUGCUUGAGAAAGUUGCAUCAGAAAUUGGUCCAUGCAAUUUGUUCUUUUCGCUGUGGCCUACGACAGUAGGAUUAGAACCUUGGGUAUCAAUGGUGCGGAAACUUUACCUGUUCAUCGCUGACUUCGGACUUCGUGUGUUGUAUACAAAAGCCAGAGGGGGCCAAUGGAUCUCAACCAAACAAGCUAUUUUUCCUGAUUUCACUUUUCAUAAAACUGAUGAGCUUGUUGAGGCAUUAUCUGAUGCUGGUUUACCAGUAGUGACUGUUUCUAAGCCGCUUGUGGAGAUAUUUAUGGAGUUCUGUCCGUUGUUGCAUUACCUUACACCUCAAUUACUGCAAACAUUGUUGAUUCGGCGGAAGCGUGGAUUUAGGGACAGGAAUUCAAUGAUCUUGACCCUUGAGUAUUGCUUACUCGAUGUAAGAGUUCCUUUUCAGUGUGAUACUUUGUAUGGUUUACCUUUGGUACCUCUUUCUAAUGGUUUUUUCACGUCAUUUGAGAAACGAGGGGCAGGUGAAAGAAUAUAUAUUGCGCGAGGAGAUGAGUAUGGUCUUCUUAAGGAUUCAGUCCCUCAUAAACUUGUAGACUUUGGAAUCUCUGAUGUUCUUCACGGGAAGCUAUGUGAUCUAGCACGAAGUGAGAAUUUCAAUGUUUCUUUUUUGACAUGUGAUUUGCUUGAAAAGCUCCUUCCGAGUUUACUUCCGCUCGAGUGGCAGCAUGCUAAACAGGUAACUUGGGCCCCUGGUGUUGAAGGCCAGCCUAGUUUGGAAUGGAUGAGAUUACUAUGGGGUUACCUAAAAUUGUCUUGCGAUGAUCUGUCAGUAUUUUCUAAGUGGCCUAUUUUGCCUGUUGGAAAGGACUAUCUUCUGCAGCUUGUUAAGAAUUCAAAUGUUAUUGAAGAUGAUGGCUGGAGUGAGAACAUGUCUUCUCUGUUGCUCAGAGUAGGUUGCCUAAUCUUGAGGAGUGACCUUGCGAUUGAACAUACCCAAUUGAGAAGUUAUGUGCAGCCUCCAACGGCUACUGGCCUAUUAAAUGCCCUACUCUCAGUUGCUGGUCAUUCAGAGAACGUUGAUGGGCUCUUCAGAGAUGCAUCCGAAGGUGAGAUGCAUGAACUUCGGAGUUUUAUUCUCCAGUCCAAGUGGUUCAGUGAAGAGUCAAUGGAUGCAAGGCAUAUUGAUGUCAUCAAACAGCUUCCCAUUUUUGAGUCCUUCAGGAGUAGAAAAUUAGUUUGUUUGAGUAGACCUAUGAAAUGGCUUAAACCAAAUGGUGUGCGUGAGGAUCUUUUAGAUGAUAACUUUAUACGUACAGAAUCGGAUAAAGAAAAAACCAUUCUGAGAGAUAUGUUGGAGAUUAGAGAACUUUCGAGGGCAGAAUUUUAUAAGGAUUAUGUACUCAAUCGCAUGCCUGAAUUUAUGUCGCAUCAGGAAGCUCUCUUUGACAUUCUAGAGGAUGUUAAGCUUUUGAUUGCAGAAGAUAACUCUCUCAGAACAGCAGUUUCCAGUACCGCUUUUGUGUUGGCACGCAAUGGAUCCUGGAAGGAGCCAUCCAGGCUAUAUGAUCCUCGCAUUACUAAGCUACAAAAGGUGCUGCAGAGUGACGUUUUCUUUCCUUCAGAGAAAUUCUCAGAUCCUGAAACUCUGGAGACCCUAGUUAGCCUUGGACUUCGACAAAGCUUGGGUUUUACCGGUUUGCUUGAUUGUGCUAGGUCUGUUUCCAUGUUGUAUGACUUGAAAGACUUGGAAACAGUCAAUUAUGGGAGGAGGUUACUUGUUUGUUUAGAUGCAAUAGCGUUCAAGCUGUCAACGCAUGAAGACCAGCACAACUGUGGUAAUGAAUUUAGAAGUGGCAUUGAAUGUCAGAACAGCAGUUCUGCUGAUGAUGAAAUAAGAAAGUCCUUUCCACAGAGAUCUGAGAAUUGCUUUGCAGAGGGGCUGGACGUUGACUCAUUUGUAGGAAACUUGAUUGGUGACAGUCCAGGAGAAGAAUUUUGGUCAGAACUAAAAGCCAUACCCUGGUGUCCUGUUUAUGCUGAUUCUCCACCUUUGCAAGGACUUCCAUGGUUAGGGUCAAGUCAAUCAGUGGCAGCUCCGGUGAAUGUGAGACCUAAAUCACAGAUGUGGUUGGUUUCAUCUCAGAUGAACAUACUAGAUGGCGAAUGCCGCUCUUUGUACUUACAGAGUAAACUGGGUUGGAUGGAUCUCCCAUCUGUGGAUGUUUUAUCCACGCAAUUAAUUGGCCUUUCCAAGUCCUAUGCCCAACUCAAGUUACAUUCCCCAGAGGCACUAGAUUUUGAUGCUGCACUUCAGAAGGAACUUCCUCCACUUUAUAAAAGACUACAGGAAUUCCUUAGUACUGAUGAUUUUCUGGUUCUAAAAUCUGCAUUGAAUGGUGUUUCGUGGGUUUGGAUUGGAGAUGAUUUUGUAUCCCCAAAUUCUCUCGCAUUUGAUUCGCCUGUUAAAUUUAGUCCUUAUUUGUACGUGGUACCUUCAGAGUUAUCGGAGUUCAGAGAUUUGCUUUUGGCAUUAGGUGUUAGACACAGUUUUGAUGUUUCUGACUAUCUGCAUGUGCUACAACACUUGCAGAUGGAUAUGAAAGGGUCCACACUGUUAUCUGAUCAAUUGAGUUUUGUCAAUCGUGUCCUAGAAGCUGUUGCAGACUGUUACUCUGACAGGCCAUUUGACGCUUCUACUGCCCCACUAUUAAUUCCAGAUUCUUUUGGUUUUCUAACUCCUGCUGCAGAUCUUGUUUAUAAUGAUGCACCAUGGUUGGAGAACACCCUUGUUGGGAGACACUUUGUACAUCCAAGUAUCAGUAAUGACUUGGCAAAUAGGUUGGGGGUCCAAUCACUGCGCUGUCUCUCCUUAGUCAGCGAAGAAUUGACUAAAGAUUUACCAUGCAUGGACUACGCUAGAAUUUGCGAGCUUCUGACAUUGUAUGGGAAUAGUGAGUUUUUGUCCUUUGACCUUCUUGAGUUGGCAGAUUGCUGCAAAGCAAAAAAGUUCCACCUAAUAUUUGACAAGAGGGAACAUCCACGUCAGUCUUUAUUGCAGCACAAUCUAGGUGAAUUUCAAGGGCCUGCCCUUCUUGCCAUCUUGGAAGGUGUCAGCUUGAGUAGGGAGGAAUUGAGUAACCUCCAGUUUCUUCCUCCUUGGAGACUGCGUGGUGAUACCCUAAACUACGGUUUAGGUCUGCUUAGCUGUUUCCACAUAUGUGAUCUCCCAUCAGUUGUAUCUGGUGGCUGCCUUUACAUGUUUGAUCCUCGUGGUCUGGCCUUUGCUGUGCCUUCAAGUUCUUCUUCUGCAGCAAAAAUGUUCUCCUUGAUAGGUACUAAUUUGAUGGAGCAAUUUCUUGAUCAGUUUAAUCCCCUGUUGAUUAGCCAAAGUAUGCCAUGGUCAUCAUCAGAUUCUACUGUUAUCCGCAUGCCUCUGUCCUCUGAGUGCAUGAAAAAUGGACUUGAGUGUGGACUAAAGAGAAUAGAAGAUAUAUUUGACAAAUUUAUGGAGCAUGGUUCUAGAGUACUUUUAUUCUUGAAGUCGGUUUUGCAGGUCACACUAUCCACAUGGGAGGAAGGAAGCCCACAGCUUUCCCAGGAUUACUCCAUUUGUGUCGAUUCUUCACUUGGUAUUAUGAGAAAUCCUUUUUCAGAGAAGAAGUGGAGAAAGUUCCAAAUAUCUAGGCUAUUUAGUAGCUCAAAUGCUGCAAUCAAAUUGCAUAUAAUCGAUGUGAAUCUGUAUCAAGGAGGAAGUAGAGUUGUUGACCGGUGGCUCGUUGUGCUUAGCCUGGGUUCUGGUCAGACAAGAAAUAUGGCCCUUGAUAGGCGGUAUCUAGCAUACAACUUGACACCUGUUGCCGGAGUUGCAGCACUCAUAUGUCGCAAUGGUCAACCAGCUGAGGCUUAUCCAUCAAGUUCAGUUAUGUGCCCUCUUCCAUUAUCUGGUUCUGUAAACAUACCUGUCGCUAUUGUUGGAUAUUUCCUUGUCCGUCACAAUCGAGGCCGUUGCCUCUUUAAAUACCAAAAUGUGGAAGAUUUGGCUGAGGCGCAGCCUGAUGCCGGAAAUGCACUGAUAGAAGCUUGGAACAGAGAGCUGAUGUCUUGUGUCCGUGAUUCCUAUAUCGAGAUGGUUUUGGAAAUUCAGAAGUUAAGAAGGGAACCAUCAAUUUCUAAUCUGGAUUCUAGUUUGACCCGUGCAAUUAGUGUGUCUUUGAAUUCGCACAGUGACCAUUAUUCUUUCUGGCCAAGGGCUAGUGGGCAUGCUCAGAUUCAUGAAUCAGGUGGUGAUUGUAAGCUAUUUUCAAAUAAGGUGCUCAAAGCAGAUUGGGAAUGUAUAAUUCAGCAAGUAAUCAGGCCUUUCUAUGCUCGUCUUGUUGACCUCCCUGUAUGGCAACUGCACUCUGGAAAUCUUGUCAAGGCUGAAGAGGGUAUGUUUCUUUCACAACCUGGGGGUGCAGUGGGUGAUAAUGUGCUACCAGCAAGAGUUUGUACCUUUGUGAAGGAACAUUAUCCUGUAUUUUCUGUUCCGUGGCAAUUGGUGACUGAAAUCCAGGCUGUGGGAGUUAUAGUUCGUGAAAUCAAACCUAGGAUGGUUCGGGACCUUCUUAAGGUGUCUUCAGCCUCUAUUGUCCUUCGGGCUGUUGAUACUUUUGUGGAUGUUCUUGAGUAUUGCUUGUCUGAUAUUUGGGUUGAUGAGCUAUCUCAUUCAAGUUCAGCUAAUGCAAUGAUGAACACCUUUACCUUUGAUAAUGCAUAUAGGGCAAUUAAAGAAGACAGCGGUUCGGGUUCUGCAUCAAUUCCAGAGUUGCACAAACUUUACGGAAUGUCUACCCAGAAUUCUGCCAAUUCAGGAGGAGAUGCACUUGAAAUGGUGACUACUUUAGGAAAGGCUUUAUUUGAUUUUGGCCGGGUAGUUGUGGAAGAUAUUGGCAAGGCAGGUGGGCCCUUGGUUCAGAGAAACACCGGCAGCAGUGACAGUAUCAGGAGAAAUGGGGACCAGAAUCUUCUACGUAUAGCUGCUGAGCUCAGAGGGUUACCGUGCCCAACUGCAACAAACAUUCUAGCGAAGUUGGGGGUUACUGAAAUUUGGGUUGGAAACAAGGAGCAACAAACCCUGAUGACUUCAUUAGCGUCAAAGUUUAUCCAUCCAGAAGUAUUGGAUAGACCAAUCUUGGCUGCCCUUUUUUCAACCUGCGCACUUCAACCAUUAUUGAAACUGCAAAAUUUUUCUCUUCACUUGCUGGCUAAACAUAUGAGACUACUUUUUCAUGUAAACUGGGUGAAUCAUGUGAUGGACUCAAAUAGAGCUCCCUGGUUUUCAUGGCAGAGUACUGCAAGUUAUGAUGGUGAGGGAGGCCCUUCUCCUGAAUGGAUAAGGCUUUUCUGGAGAAGUUUUACUGGUUCUUUGGAAGAUCUUUCCCUUUUUGCUGAUUGGCCUCUUAUCCCUUCUUUUCUUGGUAGGCAAGUCUUGUGCCGCGUUAGAGAACGUCAACUGGUUUUCAUUCCACCUCCCAUUGUGAACCCGAACUCUGCAAAUGCUUCCUCGGAAACAGGAGCAGCAGAAAGUGAUCUGUCUGAAUUAGCUUCUGAGUUGUACCAGCCUUACAUUUUAGCUUUCGAAGUUGCCAAGAAUCGAUACCCUUGGUUGUUAUCGUUCUUGUACCAAUGCAACAUUCCCAUUUUUGAUGUUUCUUUCAUGGAUUGUGCUGCUCCAUGUAAUUUCUUUCCCACACCUGACCAAUCACUGGGACAAGUUAUUGCAUCCAAACUUGUUGCAGCUAAACAUGCUGGCUAUUUUCCUGAAAUCUCUUCAUUUGCAGCUGCCGAGCGUGAUGAAAUCUUUGCGCUUUUGGCUUCUGAUUUCUCUUCAAAUGGCUCAAAGUAUGAGAGCGAAGAACUGGAAGUGUUGUGUGAUCUGCCUAUUUUCAAAACCGUAGUAGGGUCAUACACCAAACUACACGCCCAAGAGCUUUGUUUGAUUUCUUCAAAUUCAUUCCUCAAGCCAUAUCACGAGCAUUGCCUUUCUUACUUGACAGAUUCCAAUGAAAGCUCACUACUCCAAGCCCUUGGGGUUCCUAUUUUGCAUGAUCAACAAAUUUUUGUUAGGUUCGGAUUGCCUGGGUUUGAAUUAAAACCUGAGUCUGAGCAAGAGGACAUUUUGAUUUAUCUUUAUGCCAAUUGGCAAGAUCUUCAGCUCGAUUCAUCUGUCAUUGAAGCCUUGAGGGAGUCUAAUUUCGUAAAAAAUGCUGAAGAACCUUCUCUGGAACUAUCUAAGCCCAAGGAUCUAUUUGAUCCUGGAGAUGUUUUAUUAUCCUCUGUAUUUGCUGGUGAGAGGAAGAAAUUUCCUGGAGAAAGGUUUGGUACUGAUGGAUGGCUUAGUAUAUUAAGAAAAACAGGCCUUCGAACUGCAGUAGAAACAGAUGUCAUACUUGAGUGUGCCAGGAGAGUGGAGUCCCUUGGAGCUGAAUAUAUAAAAAGUAAAGGGGUUGUGGACGAAUUUGAGACAGAUUCAUUCAACUCUCAAAACGAAGUUCCUUUGGAAACAUGGUUGUUAGCUGAAUCUGUCAUGAGAGCCAUAUUCUCGAAUUUCGCGGUGCUUUAUGGCAACAACUUCUGCAACAUACUUGGAAAAAUUGCAUGCGUACCUGCUGAAAAGGGAUUUCCAAAUGUAGGUAGUACAAGAGGAGGCAAGAGAGUACUGUGCUCAUACAAUGAGGCAAUUAUAUUGAAGGAUUGGCCACUAGCAUGGAGUUGUGCUCCCAUUCUCUCUAGACAGAGUGUUAUACCACCCGAGUACUCUUGGGGAGCGCUUCAUCUGAGGAGCCCUCCAGCCUUUUCUAUUGUUUUGAAACACGUGCAGGUAAUUGGGAGAAAUAGUGGUGAGGAUACUCUUGCUCACUGGCCUACUGUGUCAGGCUUAAUUACCGUUGAGGAAGCUUCUUUUGAAGUCUUAAAGUACCUUGACAAGGUCUGGGGUUCCCUCUCUUCUAUAGACAUAGCAGAGUUGCAGAGAGUGGCAUUCAUGCCAGCUGCGAAUGGAACACGCUUGGUGACCGCUAGCUCUCUUUUCGUGCGUUUGACAAUCAACCUCUCGCCAUUUGCAUUUGAGCUCCCUAGUAUAUAUCUCCCUUUUGUCAAGAUUCUUAGAGAUAUGGGGCUUAAGGACAUGCUAUCAGUUACUUGUGCAAAGGAUCUUCUCUCAAAUCUUCAGAAAGCAUGUGGGUAUCAGCGUCUAAAUCCAAAUGAGCUCCGUGCUGUGAUGGAAAUUCUGCAUUUUGUGUGUGAUAAAACCAUUGAAGCAAACAUGUCAGAUCUAUCCAACUGGGAAUCAGGAGCCAUAGUGCCUGAUGAUGGAUGCAGACUUGUUCAUGCAAAAUCUUGUGUGUAUGUCGAUUCUUAUGGCUCUUGGUAUAUCAAACACAUUGACACUUCCAGGCUGAGGUUAGUUAACCCAGAUGUUCCUGAGAAAAUAUGUACAGCCCUUGGGAUCAAGAUGCUAUCUGAGAUAGUUGUAGAGGAGUUAGAUCACGGGGAGCAUCUACAGAGCUUGGAACAGAUUGGCUCAGUGCCAAUAGUUGCUAUCAGACAAAAAUUGCUAAGCAAAUCAUUUCAGUCUGCAGUAUGGAGUGUUGUCAAUAGUAUAAGCAGUGACAUUCCAGACUUUGAUAGUCUAACUUUGGAGGAAAUACAGACCUCUCUGGUAGUUAUUGCAGAGAAGUUGCAGUUUGUUCAAUGCCUUCGUACUCGCUUUCUGCUUCUGCCGCAAUAUUUAGACAUUACCCGUUUAGGGAAUGAAUCUAAAAUUCUGGAAUGGGAAGGCGAAUCCAAACAUAGAACUCUUUAUUUUAUUGACCGGUUGAAGACCCGCAUGUUAGUUGCCGAACCACCGACUUAUAUGUCAGUUCUAGACAUUAUUGCAAUUAUUUUGAGCCAGGUUUUAGGUUGCCGAGUCCCACUUCCUAUUGGAUCGUUAUUUCUCUGUCCUGAAGACUCAGAGACUGCAAUUGUGAAUCUCUUGAAACUUCGUCCCGAAAAAAGAGUAAAUGAAGGCACAGGUGGAAAAAACAGUUUUCUUGGAAGAGUAAUACUACCUCAAGAUUCUAUUCAAGUACAACUUCACCCUUUGAGACCCUUUUAUUCAGGAGAAAUUGUUGCUUGGCGGUCUCAAAAUGGAGAAAAAUUGAAGUAUGGCAGAGUUCUAGAGGAUGUGAGACCGUCAGCAGGGCAAGCACUAUACAGAUUCAAGGUGGAAAUUUCCCAUGGUGUGAUUGAACCUCUUCUUUCUUCACACAUUUUCUCAUUCAAAGGUGUAUCAAUUGGCAAUGAGGCUUCUUCAUCAACCGCGGUGGAGGAUAACGGCAACCGCAAAGCUGCUCAAAACAGGGUGCAUGUCGAGCGGCCAGAAGGUUCUAGAAGUGGCAAAUCAAAAUCUACUCUGGCAAAUAAGGAUCUUCAGUAUGGCCGAGUCUCAGCUGCAGAGCUGGUGCAAGCAGUUCAUGAGAUGCUUUCAACGGCAGGUAUUAAUUUGGAUGUGGAGAGACAGUCCCUGUUGCAAACGACAUUGACCUUGCAAGAACAACUGAAAGAGUCUCAGGCAACAUUGUUGCUAGAGCAGGAAAAAUCUGACUUGGCAGCCAAAGAAGCAGAUACAGCUAAAGCAUCAUGGUUGUGCCGUAUCUGUUUGACCAAUGAAGUCGAUAACACCAUAGUCCCGUGUGGUCAUGUUAUGUGUCGGAGGUGCUCAUCUGCUGUUUCCAGGUGUCCGUUCUGUCGUCUACAAGUGACAAAAACUAUGAGAAUAUUCCGGCCUUAAUUUAUAUUUGGGUACUUAACAGGUAUUUGGUUGGAUAAAUUCGUGGUUUACGGAUUUCCCAAGAUUCAUUGUGAUGCAGCAAAAUAUUCUUUGUUGCUUUUCUUUGGGGAGGAUAUGUUGAGAAUAAAUGACGACAAUUUCCUCUUGUUCGUGUAAAUUUUGUGCAAAUACCAAAUGGAACCACAAUAUUCUCGUUUUCUACGAAGGUUUUCUCCCUUACAUAAGAAUAGUAAAGUGAAUAUUUUUGAGAUCUAAAUUUCUUGUACAGUGUGAACUUUCGAGAUCCUAUAUCCAAAAUUUACCCAUUGAAUGUUGCCUAGUAAAA